CUCAUCGUUGCCAGCGUUUGGGAAGCAAGAAAAAAUAGUAAAGGGUUUUGGAGAGAGAGAGAAAGAGAGAGAGAGAAUCUUGUUUCUUUGUACAAUCCGUCUGAAACAAUAACAAGUGUUGUUUUGGGUGUGCAGAGAGGCAGCUGGAUUUUUAUUUUUGAUCCAACAACCUGUCUCUCUCUCUCUCUCUUUCUCAUCACCUGCCUUUCCAACCUCCAGUUCACAUUCACAUGCAUGUAUUGUCUACAGAAUCAUAAGCCCAGAAAGCAAAUUUUGGAUUGCGUUUGAAGAUUUUUGUGGGUUUCGUGUGAUAUAUGCAAUGGAUGGCGAGGAGGAGAAAGUGGGGCUGUGAUAAUAGAGAGCUCUGUUGUGGUUUGGAAAGUGGAGCAGAAAUCCUAAUCUGGGUUCUGAGUUGUUCUUCUUCCUGGUGACAUUAUGGACCCGAAUGAUAAACCCCAGAGGUUCUACAAAGUUUGGAAGGGAAACAAUUGCCUUUUCUUGGUUUUUUCAGAAAUUUUUCUGCAGUGGGAGAUUGAUCUUUGGUCCUGAUGUGGCAUCUCUGUUUCUGUCCACACUCCUUAUUGGUUGUCCUGCAAUUGUUUUUUGUAUAAGGAUUUAUUUUAAUACAAAGAAAAAUGAUCAUCUGUGGAAUCCUGUAUUGAUUGUGGGCGCAAUCCUUGGUAUUUUGGAUUUAAUAUUUCUCUUCUUCACCUCUGGUAGAGAUCCUGGAAUAGUCCCUAGAAAUUCAACGCCUCCGGAAGCGGAUGAAACAUUUGAUUCAACUACACCAUCUAUGGAGUGGGUUAAUGAUAGAACCCCUCACUUGAAACUACCCCGAACAAAAGAUGUGAUUGUGAAUGGUCACACCGUAAAAGUGAAGUACUGUGACACUUGUAUGCUUUAUCGCCCACCUCGUACUUCUCAUUGUUCCAUCUGCAACAAUUGUGUCCAGAGAUUUGAUCACCACUGUCCCUGGGUUGGUCAGUGCAUUGGACAGCGUAACUAUCGGUUCUUCUUCAUGUUCAUCUUAACAUCAACCAUCUUGUGUAUACACGUGUUCGUGUUUUCUUUGAUCAGCAUUCUUAAAAUUCUUGAAGAGAAAGGCAGUGUUUGGAAGGCUGUGCAACAUGAUAUCCCAUCAGAUUUUCUCAUAGUGUACUGCUUCAUAGCUGUCUGGUUCGUUGGUGGUCUUACCGUUUUCCAUUUCUAUCUGAUUUGCACAAACCAGACAACUUACGAGAACUUCCGCUACCGAUAUGAUAAGAAGGAGAACCCAUAUAACAAGGGAAUGAUGAAGAACCUCAUAGAGGUUUUUUUCUCUAAGAUCCCCCCUUCUAUGCAUAAAUUCCGGUCAUUUGUGGAGGAAGAACAUAUAAUGGUGGCAUCUGUGACUCCAAAUCAUGGGGAAGCUAUUAUUAGCCCAAAGGAGAAAAUUGACAUUGAAAUGGGAACUAAGUGUGCCGAGGGCGGUGAUUUAAAACUUCCAGGAAUUUUGCGACAUUUGGACUACAGUGAUUUGGAAGAUAGUAUGAAGAGCGUGGAGGAAGAACGAAGAGCCGCUUUUGAUCCAGUCCUGCCUGUUGAGCAAGGAUCAAAACAAUGUGUUCAAAGCUCCACUGAUGGAGAUGGAGUGGGAACGUUUAUCCAAAGAUCCUCUACUGGUGAUGGAGCUGGAGUGUCUGAUCAAAGCUCCACGGCUGCCAAUGGAAGUGAAGCAUUUGAGGGAACCGAUGAUGGAAAUAACCUGCACCAAACCACAACAGCACCAGUUUUUCAAGCAUAAAGGACAUUUUCUGUGGCUUAUACACCUUGAAGCAGAUGGGGAUGAUUUGUUGUUUCUCUAGUUGCCGUAGUUGGUUGCUUGAAAAGGCUGUGAGUUCCCAAAUAUUGAAGUUGAAUACAUGCUCAGGGGCAUUUUUUUUAUGCUGGAAAAGAGGAGAGGCUGGCAUAGGAUUUUUCAUCUCUUCAUUAUUAAGUUCAGACCAAGUUUGUUAUAAGCUGUAAAUGUCACAUGCACUAUUCCAAAUAAUGCGGAAACCUUCAACAAAAUGGCGCCGGCAACAAAUGUAUAAUGAUCUCAACAUUUGUGUUGUAGGUUUUCAUUUUCCUUUGUGUUCUUCUUUACCACUUUAAAUUACUCAUGUUCAAGGUUUUUCUGUAUUUGGCUGGAGUUGAGUAUAUAUAUCUGAUGAACUGGACUGACUUGUAUUUAUAAUAAUGUGCAAUAUUCUUUUUUUGUUCCCUUUUU